CCUGAUGACGGCCGCUACAGAUGGCGCUUAUAGAAUUCCCAGCCUUCUUCCACACUACAUUGCUCCCAGAGACUCCCAGCUCCCAGUCAUCUGAAGCAAAUUCCAGAUAGGGCCAGAUGAGAAUCUGCUCGCAGGAAAAUUCACGCGCCGAACCCUCGGAAUGGCAUUUGUUUCUCGGUUUUCACUAUGUACAUAGAUUUGAGCGGAGCAGAUUUGUACACAGCUCAAUCCACUGAUAACUCUAUUUCUCCUUCUCCUCAUGACAACGCAAGAACCUUCCAGCAUGUCCCCUCUCAAAGCUACCGUGAACUGUGAUAUGGGAGAGGGAUUUUCUCUCUACACAAUCAGUGACGAUGAGGCGUUGAUGAAAACCAUCCAUCUCGCCAAUGUAGCUUGUGGAUUCCAUGCAUCUGACUUCUCAGUAAUGGACAAAACUGUACGGUUGGCAAAGGAGCACUCUGUACUUGUUGGCGCGCAUCCAUCAUUGCCCGACAGACAAGGUUUCGGGCGCAGAGAAAUGAAAAUGAAACUGGAGGAGCUUAUAUCUUGUUUCGUUUAUCAAGUGGGCGCAUUAUGUGGGUUUCUUCAAAGAUAUGGCUUGGUGUUGAACCAUAUUAAACCUCACGGUGCGAUCUAUGGACAAACAGCUAGAUCUGACGAGUUAGCACGCGCUGCAGUCAGCGUCUGUAAAAUCUUUUCUACUGAAGAUCAUCAAAUAGCUUUUGUUGGACUAGCAGGGACCGCGCACCAAACAGCUGCCGAAGAUUUGGGUGUCCGAUUUAUUCCAGAAUGGUUCGCCGACCUCGAUUACAGUCAAUCCGGUGAACUUAUCAUUACUCAAAUCCACGCUCCUGUGAAACAUGAUACUAUCUGUGACCGCGUGGAGAGGUUACUCAAAUACCAUGAAGUCUCAACCAAUGCAAACACUGUCAUUCCUUUGGGCCGUAACAUCAAUGAAGUCACCAUAUGCUGCCAUUCAGACACGCCCGGUGCAGUAGAAAAUGCGCGGCUUGUGAAAUCCUUAGUUGACGAAAGUAACCGUUUGGCCGGAUAUUUUGUGUGAAUCAGCCUUAUGUUUUUGAUCACUCAAGUGUCGAUAAAUAUUUAAACAGUCCUUCUAAUUUGUUUUCUUCUUCCUUUCGAA